AUGGCUAAGGAACUUGACUGCUAUAUUCAAGGAGUUUUGUCUGUCGUCAUUAUUAGGAAUGAUGGUCUGAAAGAAUUGGGCUAUUAUGUUAUUGAAUUAAGAAGUUUUUGUGGUGUUAGUAAGCGAGGUAAAUACACGUUACCAGUUAACAUGAAACAAUAUGAACAUGAUAGAUUGCUGUUGAAAGAAGUAUCUGUUUAUUCGCCCGACACGGUUGUUAAAAGUAUUAAAUAUGUGCAAUAUAUAGUAAUGAAUGGUACUAAAUCUGCGAUACAAACAGAGAGUGAUCAGCGUAGUAUUCAUAUCUCAAAUUUAUAUGAGACAAUCGAUGAAGCCCAAUUAAGACAAUAUUUUAUCAAUUGUGGAAAUAUAAAACGUUGUACGGUAAUUAGAAAUUUACAAACAAGGGAGUCGUUGGGUGUAGCAUUUAUUGAAUUUGAAAAUAUUGAUUCAGCCAGGAUGGCUAUGAAUAUGCAUGGUGAACAUCUGUUAAAUCGACCAAUUCAAAUAUCAAUGAAAAAAACAAAAUGUCAAACAAAUCGUUUAAAACCGAACAAAUACCAAAAUGGACAUUCGUCUAAUAAUUACAACAACGGUGAUCAUUUUCGUUUAAAACCAUUAUUAAAUGACCAUAGGCCUAUUUUGAAUUUGACGAAAGAUGACUAUUGUUUAUCUGAUAAUCGUCCAAAUUCUUUGAAUUUUAAUAAUAAUAAUAAUAAUAUUAAUGGUUUUUCUGCUCAGUUUCAUGAUGAACAAGAUCAGCAUCAAACAUCAAUAUCAUACAAUCAUAACUGUCAUCCAUCUUCAGCGAAAACUAUUGACAAAUAUGAAUCUAAUAAUCGAUCAGCAUUUGACAAUAAUCGACGCGUACCGUUACUACCAACGCCUGGUGGCUCGUGGCAGCAUGUCCCAUCAAACGACGAGCAAAAACCGUAUGAUAGAAAUCAUCGUCGUUAUAGUCCAUAUGAUCGAUAUCAACGUGAUAGUAAAAAAACAAAUCGAUCGCGGUUCUAUGAAUAA